AUGGGCAAACCUUCUGUAAGAGCGUCGGACGAGAAAGAACGAGGAAACGAAAAGAUUGUAAACCAGAAUGGAGAGGCCCUCAGCCAGCUCGAGCCUGUCUUAGCGACUGCGUCGUACAGACCGCCUGAGAUGAGCCCCAUACGCCGGCGCGCUGUCAUGUUCGCUCUCUGCAUGACUCUUCUCCUCGGCGCCCUAGAUGUUACAAUCAUUGCCACGGCCUUGCCUACAAUUGCCUCGACUCUGCAUGCCACGGCUUCCGAGUACGCGUGGGUGGGAAGCGCCUACACUCUUUCUAGCACAGCUUCUACUCCAAUAUGGGCCAAAAUGUCAGACAUAUUCGGCCGAAAACCAAUGAUCAUGGUCGCGACGGCAAUUUUUAUGGCGGGGAGUCUUAUCGCAGCGCUUGCGAAGACGAUCGAAGUUCUCAUCGCUGGGCGCACUGUCCAGGGCCUGGGAGGAGGAGGCUCAUUGGUACUUGUCACGAUCCUGAUUGGAGACAUCUUCAAGCUGGAGGACCGGCCCAAGUACUAUGGUAUGACUGGCAUCGUCUGGGGAGUUGCAAGUGCAAUUGGGCCGGUCUUGGGCGGCGCCUUCACACAGACAAUUGGUUGGAGAUGGUGUUUCUUCAUCAACCUCCCUUUUGACGGCGUGGCUCUGUUGGUUUUGUUCUUCGCCCUCAAAGUCGAGACACCGAAAGAAGCAUUUAUGACUGGUCUCAGAAAACUGGACUGGAUAGGAUCUGCCCUUAUUAUCGGAGGCACCAUCUGCUUGCUUUAUGGUCUUGAAACCGGAGCCGGGGGCGUAAUGCCGUGGAGUUCUGCGCAGGUGAUCUGUCUCAUUCUAUUCGGAGUCGUCAUUUUGACACUCUUCGUUUGUUGGGAGGCACGUUUCGCCAGUAACCCCGUCAUUCCCUUUCGAAUCUUCAACAAAGCCACAAACAUCGCUUCCUUCUCCGUUUCUUGUCUGCACAGCUUCGUUUUCAUAUCUUACGACUACUUCUUACCGCUCUACUUUCAGGUCGUCCUCGGAUUCAGGCCCAUCAUCGCCGGCAUUACCAUUUUUGCACUACUGAUACCGCUGACGAUGAUGACAAUGCUCGGCGGACUCUUCACCAGGCGGACGGGAAACUACAUUAUACCGAUUUUCUUUGGCUCCUUACUAAUGACCUUUGGCAAUGGGCUGUUCAUCAACUUCCAAACAAGCAUACAGUGGCCCAAGAUCAUCAUCUUUCAAAUGAUUACCGGAUUCGGGGCAGGCGUGCUUUUCCAAAGCCCCAUGAUAUCAAUCCAGACUCAUACACGUCAGAGAGAUUUAGCCGCCGCAAUGUCGGCUUUCAGUUUUCUGCGCUCUCUGUUCUCCUCAAUGUCCAUCGUCAUCGGCACGGUUCUGUUGCAGCAUAACCUUGGCGGCGGCGGGUUGACCAGUAGCAACCUGCAUUCCAGCCACGAAGCAGGCACAUCAUCUGUUAAAGACAAGGGAAAUUAUAUAUCAGCGUUGCGCAUAAUGUGGGCUUUCUUUACGGCUAUCUCCGGUUGCAUGCUGUUUGCGGCAGUGUUUAUCAAGCCGAAGCCAAUGAAGCCCGUGGUUGAAACGAGAGAUUCCUAG